CGAAGACGGUCACAUCGUUCGCUAAACUAUUCGCACGCAGACGGGUUUUCCGCUGAUUUCGUUAAACAAAAUUGCAUAUAUAGCAAAUAAAUAAUAGAAAUUAACGCAAGCACAACUGUGCACAAUACAAUUCAAGGUGCUGGCCACAAUUGUAAAUAAUAUUUGGUGGUAAAACAAGCCAGACAAGUGCCAAACUCACGUGAUGAAAAUACGGCUGAAAAAUUAUCCGUAAAGUGGGAGGGGGAUCAAGUUUUUCUAAUUGGAUUGCAAAAGAAGUGAAACGAAUUUUUUUGUGUGCAGUUUUGUAAUUGUAAAACAUGCGUGCCAGGUGCACCAUAUAAUGCCGAAUGGCCAAAAUAAAUGAAAAAAUAAAAAGUGCUGCUUAUGCUAAUUAAAUCGCUAAUCGAAUGUACAAACAAAAUGUAAGCUCGUUGCGGCGCAAGCAGAGCGCGAGUUUCGAGUCCUACACAACACAAUAAAUGCGCAAUAUAAAGCAAAUUAGUUGCCGUCUGCAGUCGACGUCGUCGUCAUCGUCGUCCUUGUCGCCGUUAUCGUUGUUGUUGUCUCCUUUGCAUAGUUUUGUUUGUGUCGUCAAGAACAACAACAGCCAGAAGAAGGAGCACAAAUAAAUUUUGCUGCCCUCACAGACUUUGAGCUUACGCGCUUGUGUGCGUGCACGUGUGCGUGUGUGUGUGUAUGUGUGCGUGCGUGUGUGUACGCGGAAAACAAAAGAAAAAUCACAAUAACGAAAACAAUAACAUGGCGAACGGUCAGCGAUUAUCAAAAAGGAAAAGAACAAUCAAAAUGUGGCUGUGGCUUAAGCUGCUCUGCCUGAUGGCUCUGCUCCAUGUAAUCGGCGCCUCUCCAAUUGAACUUGUCAUAAAUACCACAAAUGAAGCAACAAAAAUUGGCAACAAAGCUUUGCCCGAGGCGGCGGCGGCAACAGCGACAGCAGCUACAACAACAAGAAAAGCGACAAGAACAACAGCAACAGCAACAACAACAGCAGCAAAUGAAACAGCUGGUGCUUAUCUAACUAAAUCGUCGCUGUCGUCCGCUGAUAACAGCGGCCAUGGCAACAACAACAACAACAACAGCAGCAGCAACGGCAGCGACAACAGCGCAGUGUCAAUUCAAAUGGCAGCCGCAAAUGAAACGGCUGCUGUUGCUGCCACUUCGCUGCAACAAUCAUCGAUGCCCACUUACGCGCCACUGCACAACAAGAAGCACGAAAAAAUUAUCAAAUGCCAUUGUGAUAUCUGCAAGGAAACGAACCACAUAUGCGAAACGGAUGGUUAUUGCUUCACUUCAGUGGAGAAGGAUAACGACAACAAGAUAAUCUUCAGUUUCCGCUGCCUCAACAUGUCGCAGAGCUUUCCGCCGGGCCGUUUCAUCUGGUGUAACGAUGGUCGCCAUGGCGGACCGACAGCACGUCCGGCCGCACCUCGUGGCGGACACGGGUGUUGUAAUGAUCGUGACUUUUGCAAUAAAGAUCUGCGUCCCGUUAUCAAGUACUAUGCGCCGUCCAUGGAUAAAACCAACUCGGUUGUCUACGAAGAUUUUCUACCUAAUAAGACGCUAAGCAGCUGGGAAUUGGUGGCCAUCAUUGUGAGCGCCACGUUAAUCAUCUGUCUGUCUGGCACAGCGACUUGGUAUUAUUGCCAGCGUCGCAAGCAAUUGGCCAAUGGACGACCGUUUGCCAAGGAGGAUUCUGUCUAUGAUCCCAUACUGAAUGGCAACACGACACUGCACGAUAUCAUUGAGAUGACCACAUCCGGAUCUGGUUCAGCUGGUCUGCCGCUCUUGGUGCAACGUUCGAUUGCACGACAAGUGCAGCUGUGUCAUGUUAUUGGCAAGGGACGAUUCGGUGAGGUGUGGCGUGGUCGCUGGCGUGGCGAGAAUGUUGCCGUCAAGAUCUUUUCCAGUCGCGAAGAGUGCUCCUGGUUCCGCGAGGCAGAAAUAUAUCAAACUGUUAUGUUGCGACAUGAGAAUAUCUUGGGUUUCAUUGCAGCAGACAACAAAGACAACGGCACUUGGACUCAGCUCUGGUUGGUCACGGAUUACCACGAGAACGGCUCACUGUUUGAUUAUCUGACCACACACACUGUGGACACCAACACCAUGCUGAACAUGGCACUGAGCAUAGCCACUGGAUUGGCGCAUCUGCACAUGGAUAUUGUGGGCACACGUGGAAAGCCAGCGAUUGCCCAUCGCGAUCUAAAGUCAAAGAACAUACUGGUCAAGACGAAUUUGAGCUGUGCCAUUGGCGAUUUGGGGCUGGCCGUGCGACAUGUCGAGAAAGAUGAUUCGGUGGACAUUCCAUCCACACAUCGUGUGGGCACCAAGCGUUAUAUGGCACCUGAGGUGCUCGACGAGAGCAUGAAUGCCCAGCAUUUUGAUUCGUAUAAACGGGCUGAUGUCUAUGCCUUUGGCUUGAUACUCUGGGAGAUAGCGCGUCGCUGCAACAUGGGCAUGAUCUUUGAGGAAUACCAAUUGCCCUACUGGGAUGCCGUGCAGCCCGAUCCCAGCAUUGAUGAGAUGAAAAAGGUGGUAUGCAUUGAGAAGAGUCGGCCGAAUAUACCAAAUCGCUGGCAUGCCUCCGAUGUGCUGCACAACAUGGCCAAGGUCAUGAAGGAGUGCUGGUAUCCCAAUCCCGUGGCACGUCUGACUGCGCUGCGGAUCAAGAAGACGCUUGCCAGUAUACGUGUGGAGGAUAAGGUCAAGAACUGAUUGUGGCUCUAGUGCGUAGCCGAAUGGAAUGCGUUUUAUUUAACUCUGACUCUGUACAUCGCACCUGUGUAACCUGUAACCUGGUCCCGUGUUACCUUCAAGCGACAAGCAGCAAAAACAAAAACAAAAUCUAAAUCUAAAUACAUAUAACCUAAGAGAAAACGAAGCAAGCAAGCAAGAAACCCACAACUAACAAAUACUUUGUACAUACUUAGGUCUUAACAAAUAACAAUCGCCGCCUACCACCCCCCAGCCCAUCCCUGAACCCAUUGCCGCUUUUGGAUAUGACUCGUAAUCGCAUUUAGUUAAUUUUCCUCAUAGUUCUUUCUUUUGCUUUUUUACUUUUGUACAUAUAAUUUUUUCGUUGAAAUUGUUGCUGAGAAUUGCUUCAUUUCACGGCCAGAGACAAGAAAAAAAAACGAGGAGCAGAAUGCGGCGCGCCACAAAACCGUCGCACUGCCAUUAGUGCUAAAUGAUUAGAGCAUACGCAUACAUACAAAACAUAUACAUAUACGUAUACGUAUAUUUUUUAUAGCCACUGUUCACAAAACUAAAACAAAAUACAUACAGUUAAAAGACUUUGCCAAGACUGAGCAGCAGUGAGAGAAAAGCAAAAUCCAAAAAGAAAACAAAAAAAGUAAAAAAAACGAAAACAAAAACAAAACAAAAAAGAGAAAUACAAAUAGAAAACAUAUUACAAAAAAGUGGAAUAUAAAUUACAAACUUGCAGGCAACUUUUGUGCUGCAUUAUAUCAAUAUACGAGUAAUAUACAUACAUAUAUAGAAGUAGCGAUUAUACACAUUUAGAGAAUACAUUUAUAUAGACAAUGAGAAAAGAGGAUUCAACACAUUUUUAGGCGUUUAUCGUUGACAAAACUCAGGAACUCACGAAUUACAAUAAAAACGAAAUUGAUAAGCGAAAAUACUGAAAAUGAAAAUACAGUUUAUGAAAUACAAAAUAAUAAUUGGCGCGCCGCCUGCUCAUCACAUGCUGCAUGCCCCAUGCCCCAUUGCCCCAGCUAACCUUCCCCAAAUAUACAUACGUCCACAGUGCUGCUCAGCGUACAAUGUGUGCGACUCCCAAGCUGUUUACACAGAUACACACACACACACAUACAGAAAAUACAUAUACAUUACUCUAAAUAUAGACAUUGUUUUUGCGUUUAAGUUCUUAUCAGCAAUUUCUGUUGUUGUUUUCAUAUCCUGGAACUCACUCCCUUUUUGUAUAACCAAAGCUUGUUCUUCCUAUUUUAACUGUAAUAAUAAUGCAAAAAAAAAAAAAAAAACAAAACUAAA